UCACGGUUGUAAACACCCGUAUGUACUCGCAGCUUUGUGUGUCCCGUGGAAACAUGUCGGCAAGGAGAGAGCCCGGUGGAGGAACUGCUUCGUCUAGGAAACGCACACCUGAGACAUAAACCGCCAACUACAGAGUCAGAGAGGAAACGUCGGUGUCUUUCUUCGAGUUUGGAGCAACUACCUCGGCCUUCCGUUGUCACCGAAGCGGGCCGGUCGGGAUCGGAUGGACGGAUAAAGACAGACAGCCGGGGUUUUGAUCUGAAGACUUAAGCAGGCAGGUGGCCGAGCCGGUGAGAAAGAAAGAGAGGGGAGACGGCGUAUACGGGCUCGGAUCAGGACGGGGUUUCUCCUUGCUAGGGAAUGUUAUCCGUACUGUCUUAUGGCAGACUGGUAGCCAGGGCUGUCCUGGGCGGACUCUCUCAAACGGACGGUCGGGACUACAGCCUGAUCAGUGCCAGUUAUGGUUUCGGUAAAGACUUUCGCAAGGGGAUCCUGAAGAAAGGGAUGUGCUACGGGGAUGACGCUUGCUUCAUUGCACGGCACAAGACGGCUGAUGUCUUGGGCGUAGCAGAUGGUGUAGGUGGUUGGCGGGACUAUGGUGUCGACCCAUCUCAGUUCUCUGCGACCUUAAUGAGGACCUGUGAGCGACUGGUGAAGGAGGGGCGCUUCACACCCAGUAAUCCAGUUGGUAUCCUGACCUCUGGUUACUAUGAGCUCUUACAGAACAAAGUCCCCCUGCUAGGAAGCAGCACAGCCUGCAUCGUAGUUCUGGAUCGACGGAGUCACAGGCUACACACGUGUAACCUUGGCGACUCGGGCUUCUUAGUGGUACGUGGUGGAGAGGUGGUUCAUCGCUCGGACGAGCAACAGCACUAUUUUAAUACACCUUUCCAGCUGUCCAUCGCUCCUCCAGGAGCUGAGGGAGUCGUGCUCAGUGACAGUCCUGAAGCAGCUGACAGCUCCUCUUUCGACGUGCAGCUCGGAGACAUCAUCUUAACGGCGACAGACGGCCUCUUUGACAACAUGCCAGACUACAUGAUCCUUCAGGAGCUCAAAAAACUCAAGACUACCAACUACGACAGCAUCCUGCAAACUGCACAGAGCAUUGCAAAGCAAGCUCACGAUCUUGCCUACGACCCCAAUUAUAUGUCCCCCUUUGCACAGUUUGCCUGUGACAACGGCCUGAAUGUACGAGGAGGGAAGCCAGAUGACAUCACGGUGCUGCUCUCUAUUGUGGCUGAAUACACAGACUGAAAAUGUGUGUGAGUGUGUAUGUGUGUGCUUCUCUGGGGUUGUUCCUUCCUCGCCGCCUGCCUGAGUCUUCCACCUGCGGCCCUCCCGCAAUGCACUGCGUCCUGUGGGCUGACAGGGGAGGCCCACCAGCACCACGACACACACUCCUUAUAGCACGGCCCGUGUUAACAUAACAUUUAGUUUUCUUCCGCUGUUUUGUUUUGGUGCUUGAGCGAUUGAGAGAAGGCGGGCAGCUAGGAUCGUGAUGCAGAAGGAGCCGAAAGAGAGGAGCUGGCAGAUGCCUUUCAUUCUUCCACAUCUCAUCAAGUAGCAUCAACACUUUUUUUUUUUAGAUGCUGUGACUGAAAGACAGCCCAGGACAGAUGGAUUACCUGUAGGCUUUAAAAUCUGGAAUAAAAAAUGUGAUAAGGGAGUAAGCCAUUGGUUUGGAUUCUUUAGAGCGUAGUUAUAGUUGACAAUUGAACCUGGCUAUCGCUCUCUGUUGUUAAUCUGCUCCAUGUGGUAAAUGAGUUUGAACAAAGCAUGUAGACUAGACUGAGGAAGCUGAUGCUGGGAUGUUGUUUUGGGUAUGAAAUGUAAGAGUUGGGAUUACGCGUCUUUGCUCAGAUCAAAACUGUAAAGAGAAACUGUAACACUUAUUAAAGCUUUCACAUGAAGGUUAAUCAGGUUUUGUCACUUGGCUGAGGGAACCGCACCUCCUGAAAAGAUGUAAAUAUAUAUAUAUAUAUAUUUUUUUUUUUUUAGAACUAUGUUCUGGCCUUUCUGUUGUCUUUGACUUGGUUGUUAAAGCGAAGAGCUAUUUGGUUGCUAUUGUGGAAGAUCUACACAUGCUCUCAUACGUAUAUUUUCUUGUACAGAUACUAAUGUUGAGGUGAGCUUCAUCAAUCCAACGCUUUCCGCUUGAAAUGAACAAGCUGCUUCCUGAGAUUGAUCUCUGAAGCAAUCGUGUUGCAGAACGGUUGUUAAAAUGUUCAACUGGUUGUGUGGCAUACAAUUGAGGAGUUGUUGUAUUUAAUGUUUAUAUUUGUUAUAAAGCUGAAGCUAGCAUCUGGGAAUGCUUGCACUUGUAGUGAUAGGUCAGGAACAGAUUUAAAGGGGGGAAAAAAAAGAUGUAUUUUUUAACCUUAUUUUGUUUUAAAAGCUACAGACUGAAGCGUCUGACAUGAAAUACGUCCUGUAGUUGACUAAAAGAUCCAGGUAUCAUAAAAAAAAAAAAAAAAAAAAAAGAGAGAAUCAAAUGUGCGUUGUGAGUCUGUUUCAAGUGUUUUGUUUCUCAGUCCCUUAUUUCCCUGUUUCACUUGUUUGCUGCUUCUUUUGUUAUUCAUGUCUGCAUACAGCAUGGUGGUGACAGUGAUUGAGACGAGUGCGUAAACGUGUGCGCUGGAUUUCACCAAACUACAUUUAUCAAAGACACUGAUGAUACUGUUCUGCUUAUGAGGGUCUAAUGCUUCACCUGAGUGGUGUGGACAAACUCCUUACAGUUUAAAAGCAUAAAGCAUGUGCACCAAAGACACAUUUUCUUUGUUUAUAUAUAUUUUUUUUUUGACACAAACAUCAUACAGCAAUACUCUAAUUUUUCUUGUGCUAUAUGUGUCUGAUGGCCAGAGGUAUAUGUGGGAAUUUCAGAAUGACAUUAAAAUGUAUUUUCUAUGCCUAAAGUUGUAUCAUAUUCCUGGUUUAAGUUAUAUGUCACUGGUUAUCUGUAAGUAACUAUGACAGGUUUGAAAAAUGGGGAAAAAAAAAAAAACAAACCAA